CCGUAGAUUUUAACCAGCUGUUAGCUCCCUGGACGGCCGACAGUAACAAGCAAUCCAAAACGGAUCCUGUCAUGUAAUCGCAGUGGCAGGCAGGUAGAGGACCCCAAUGCAGGACUGAACUUAAACUUCAGCUUUUAUUAGCUGGAAAACACAUGGCAGGAGCCUACAGCACAAACUACGAAACCGAUUUUAACAGGACUACAGACGAGGAGAGAGCACACAGCGGGCAGGAAGCAACGGCUGAAGAAAACAGACAAUAUAUACACACACCAGGGAAUCACAGCUGAACAGAAUUUCACUGACAGCACAAAGGAAGCAAAACUAGAUACAAGGCAGAUGAGACUGAAGCUGACAAAGUAAAACAGGGAGUGACAAACGGAGACCCGGACUAAGGCCCCGUUUACGAGAAAACGAUCCAGUGAAACGGUUUCGUUUUUCCGUUUUCGAAAGUAACUUCAGAUGGAAACGUUGUGUAAACGACAGCCAAGACGCAACAAAACUUAAUCGUUUUUACCUGAAAGCGUUCUCGUGUAGGAACAAGGCAUACCUUGAGACAUAGAGAUAGAAACAAAACCGGACGUAAAACUAAAUAUAAACAUAAGAGAUUAUCAAAAUAAGACAGGAAAGAACAAAUACAGAGACCAGGAAUAAGACAUUUGAACUUGACAAAGAGACAGAAGAUGAACAAUAUCGAGAAGUGACAGAGGACCUUAUUCCAGGAAGCAUGUUAUGCAAACUCUUGAGUUGAUCAACUCUGAGAUCGGCAACUCUGUGUUCCCUGUUCCAGAACAGCUGAUCAGAGUUAGUUCAAUCAGCUCUUGAGUAUGUUCACCCUGAUUGUCGCGGGUGACAAAUGUCGCAGAGCUUUAAUAAUUCUUGGAAGCGGACAUGGACACAGAGUUUGAAGAUGAGAGACAGGACGCUGAAGAAACCGUUCCAGACGACUGGAUGGAUUUGAUUGCAGACAGUCCAGCUGCCACAGAGGAACCCUCAGAAAAAGCAGAUAAUGAUAAACUGUCCCUGAUCACCUGGAAUGUAGAUGGACUUGAUAUAGAAAAUCUUCCAGAACGUUCCAGAGGCCUGCUUUCAUAUUUAAACCUACACACUCCUGACGUGGUGCUCCUACAGGAGCUCAUUCCACCUUAUGCCCACUUCUUGAAGAAACGGACUGGUGACUACCUGAUGAUUCAAGGUGGUGAGGAAGCUUACUUCACAGGGAUGUUGCUGAAAAAGUCACGAAUCACAUUUGUGGAGAGCGAGAUAGUAGCUUUUCCCACCACUCAAAUGAUGAGGAACCUGCUUGUUGCUCAGGUGGUCUUCAAAGGCCAGAAGCUGUGCCUGAUGACAUCCCACUUUGAGAGCUGUAAGGCACAUACUGCAGAGCGUAUGAAACAGCUGCGUGUGGUGAAGCAGAGAAUGAAACAUGCACCUUAUGAUGUCACUAUUUUGUUUGGAGGAGACACAAACCUGAGGGACUACGAGGUGACCAAGGUGGGCCUGCCCGCCACUGUCUGUGAUGUGUGGGAGCGACUGGGCAAGCAGGAGCACUGCCGAUACACGUGGGAUCCCACUGCCAACAGCAACAAGAAUAUUUCCUUUCCCUGUCACUUCCGGUUUGACAGAAUCUACCUUCGCCCGGCUAUCAAGGUUGGUGUCCCACGUCUGGUGCCUGAUCACAUGGCCUUGGUGGGGCUGGAGAAGCUGGACUGUGGCCGCUACACCAGUGAUCACUGGGGAAUCUACUGUACCUUCUCAGUUGAAUAGAAAUGCACAAAACAACCAGGAACAUUUCAGCUGACCAUUUUGUUUUAGAUCAGCUGCUCUUGUACAGAAGUGUUCAGCUGUAGAGGAAGAUGUUCUUAUUGCCUGUAAAUGAUUUGCCUUCAUUUAAUCAGUUUAUCUCCUAAUGUGUGUCUGCUUAAGUUUUUUAUGUGGUUAAAAUGACCAAUUAAAAUAUGAAAAGCACCAAUAA